AUGCGCCCACGAACCCGCAAAGAAUUCACAAUCGCGAUUAUCUGCGCCCUUCCCCUCGAAGCAGAAGCCGUUGAAGCCCUAUUCGAUGAGCAUUAUGACAGACUGGGGAAAUACUAUGGUGUGCAGCAAGGCGACGCAAACGCAUAUGUCAAUGGGCGGAUUGGGAAGCACAACGUCGUUCUAUGCUACAUGCGAAGAAUGGGGAAAGAGAGUGCGGCGGUCGCCUCGAGCCUGCUAGUGAGCUACACGGGCAUCGAGCUCGCCCUGGUUGUGGGCAUCUGUGGAGGCGGCCCACCACCACCGAGAUAUGAAGAGAUAUUCCUUGGCGACGUGAUCAUUAGCGAUUCCGUACUCCAGUACGACUUCGGCAAACAGUAUCCAGGGGGCUUUCAACGCCAGACCGGCCAUAUCCAAGACACGUUCGGGCGGCCGGUUCGAAGGAUUCGGACACUUCUGAACGGUCUUCGUGCGGAGAACACGCGCCGGGAGUUCCAGGAGCAGACACAGCAAUACCUUCAAACACUUCAGCAAACAGGAACAAGAUGGCAGCAUCCCCGAGUUACAGAUAUCCUGUUCGAGUCGUCGUACGUUCAUAAGCAUUACAGCCCUGGCUCAGUUCCCACUGGUUGCUCCUGCCUGAAUAACCGCUCAAACGAUGAAAUCUGCGAUGUGGCAUUGGGCCAGAACUGCGAUGAGCUCAUCUGUGACAAAGGCCGAGCGAUCAGAUGUCGAAUGGUGUCGGAAGCCACUCGGCCCUCAAUAUACAUCGGGACGGUCGCCUCCGCGGAUACAGUGAUGAAGUCUGGGCAGCACCGCGAUGAAAUCGUCCGGAAGGAGCAAGUGAUUGGCUUUGAGAUGGAAGGUUCAGGAGUGUGGGAUAAUAUCCCUUGUAUUAUUAUCAAAGGCGUCUGUGACUACGCCGAUAGUCAUAAAAACAAAUUAUGGCAAGCGUAUGCGGCGGCAACUGGGGCGUCGGCGGCAAAGGCGUUCUUGGAAUACUGGAUGCCGACAAAGCAAGAAGGUUAG